UUUCUUUACAUUUCCGGAGAAGGACCUGUAGGCGUCUCGUGCGCUUCCACAGUUUGCUCAGGCUGAUAGGACACAUCCCAGAAAGCUGCUCCACCCAUCACGGAUAGUUUGUUUGUGUGUGUGUGUGUGUGUGUGUGUGUGUCUCGGAGUGGAGAAACGCUCCAGCAAGUAUGCACCAGAGGCGCACUGAAACUUUCCCAAAGCGCUCGUGAGUUUGGUGCGAGGACAAAGUCCCUGCGUGCGUGAAAACUCACAACGCUGUUUUAUCAUCAGAAAUGAUCCAAAGAUGGCGGUAGCGUCGGCGGCUUCCGGCAUGCGCGUGCAGAAAAGUGGAUUUUUGGAAGUGCUGGUGCGGGAGCGAUGGCACCGAGUGCUGGCCGAGCUGAGUGACGAGGCGCUCGCGCUCAGCUGCGAGGACGCGGCCGGAAGCGGCGAUGUGAACGGCGUGGCUAACGGGUCGCGUGCGAGUCCCGACAGUCCCGAGACCGGCGCGAGAACUGCUGGGGCAGAUUCACCCGAGCGCGUGCCCGAGGCCAUCGCCAACAGGAAGCGGUGCGUAAGGGUCGUGAAGCAGGACGUGGGCGGCCUGGGCAUCAGCAUCAAAGGAGGGAAGGAAAACAAGAUGCCGAUACUCAUCAGCAAGAUCUUCAAGGGGCUAGCCGCCGAUCAGACGAACGCGCUUUACGUAGGGGACGCGAUCCUGUCAGUGAACGGCGUGAACCUGCGGGACGCCACGCACGACGAGGCUGUGCAGGGCUUAAAGAGAGCCGGCCGAGUGGUCACGCUGGAAGUGAAGUACAUGAGAGAGGCCACACCAUAUGUGAAAAAGGGUUCUCCAGUGGCAGAGAUCGGAUGGGAGACACCUCCACCUGAAUCUCCUCGGCUCGGCAGCUCCCACUGCGAAGUGCCCCCCAGCCCACCUUCACUGUCACUGCAGGGAGACUGCAGAUAUAUCCCGCUCAAAAUGUCCUGCGUCACGCGGGCUAUGACUACCCCUGAUCCAGAAAACAGGCACUUGGAGCUACACUCUCCUGACGCAAAGCACACGGUGGUGUUGCGGUGUUCGGACUCCGGCUCAGCUCAGGCCUGGUUCGAGUCCAUGCAGUCUGUUACCAAUAACCUCGUGAACAAGGUGAUGUCUGAGCUCAGUGAAGCAGCCAGGAACGGCAUUGGGGCGAAUCAGGAGAUACGCCACCUCGGCUGGCUGGCAGAGAAGACGGAGAGCGAGAGGCCACGCUGGAAGCCGGUGGUGGUCGUGGUGACCGACAAAGACCUGAUGCUGUAUGACAGCAUGACACGUAUGAAGGAGAACAGGCUCAACCCAGCACACACAUAUCCUCUACUUUCUACAAGGUUGGUACACUCUGGUCCAGAUAGAGGCUCACCCCAGCCAGGCGGGGAGCUGUCCUUCGCUACACGCACGGGCACGAGACUGGGCAUCGAGACUCACGUUUUCCGAGCUGAAACGUGUAAAGACUUGUCACUGUGGACCAGACACAUUGUCACUGGCUGCCACGCCGCUGCUGAGAUGAUCAAAGAAGUGACUACCAGCUGCAUGUAUAAGGGUCAGGACUGCAGACUGGUCAUUCACUAUGAGCUGGGCUUCUCUGUGCUGCCUGAAGGAGAGCCUCCUCAUGGUCAUCCUCUAUUCAGCUACCCCUUUGAGAAACUCCGAAUGUCCUCAGAUGAUGGGGUGCGGAUGCUCUAUUUGGAUUUCGGAGGCAAAGAGGGUGAAAUUCAACUGGACUUGCACUCGUGUCCCAAGCCAAUUGUCUUCAUUCUUCACUCCUUCCUUUCAGCAAAGAUCGCCAGACUGGGCUUACUGGCCUGAAAUGAACUUCUGAACUGUUUAAUGAAACUCUCAAACACGGACUCAGUUGGUCCCAAAGGGGGGGCAGAGUUUCUAAAUGUAUGACCAGGAUGGAACAGAGAGAAAAAGAGCAGUGGUGAAUAUCCAUCAGUUACUUUUUUUUAAGCAAUGAACUGAUUUGUCUAUUUUAGAGUGAAACACAAUCAAAUCCAAACACAGUGAUUAUGCUACAAAAUGAUCAAACUCAGAAUGAACACUAACUUGUGAUCAGCCGUACACAAAGUACUAUGUAUUGCUUUAGAGUUCAUCCGAUUGAACAGUAUUAAGCACUUAACAUGACUGAUAAUGAGGCUCAUCUGUACGGGAACUGUCUAAGUAGAUCUAUUAUGAUUCUGGCAGCUAAUUAUGAUUAGAGAAUGACUUGUUUUAAAUCCUGUAAAUUCAUAUAUAUAAAGUUUCACAGUGUAAAAA